GCAAAUAUGUCUCUUCCUCCUCCAGUCAACGGUUCAAAAAAAGAUAAAAAUCAUCGCAUUCCAUUGACCCACCCGCAGCAUCCCAUAUUCCCAUCAGAUCCGCGACGAGACCGUGUAUCUGAACCACCAGCAUUUACACCCGACUGGGACAUAUCUGCCCCGUCUUCUGGACAGCAUGCCCGUCAACCCCAUCCACCAUCUCAUCAUCCCCCACCGCAAUUUAGUAGACAUCGAUCCGGGAGUCUGGGAGGGAGUCGACCUGCAAGUGCAAGUCGUCAGGGGUCUGGAAAGUCUUGGAGUAGAUCUACAGCCGAUCUUGUACCUUCUCUCUUGCCCUCCGAACGCCUCAUAGCCGACAUGUGUAGGACAAACACUAUUUCAUCUGUUCACAAACCGGGGACUCACAUCUCCCUCAUCCAAGCAUCAACAACAUCAUCUCGUCCCCUUCAACUCGAACCUAUACGCACAAACUCACCAAGUAGUACAUCAUCUUAUAAGCCUCUCGACUCGGGUAUGGGCCUCGUGACGUCCAUGGCAUCGCGGCUGAACAAGCUUGAGGGUGAAUUGAAAAAGGCUAGAACUGAGAUACAGAUCAAGGAUGCGAGAAUAGAGAAACUGGAAGCGGAUUUGAAAUGGGAGAAGGCUCAAAGUCAACGGGCGGAUGAUGAUAAGACACAGGCACUUGAACUGCGUUGCGCCAUGUUACAAGCUCGAGUAACUGAAAUGGAAGCCUUCCUCCACCGUCAAAACAUGAUUUGGAAGUCCGAUAUCGCAGAUGAAGGUGAUACGAACGAAAUCAAUAUUGAGCAGAGGACGGGGCAGACUGUCAACAUUCCAAAACCGUCAUAUCAGAGGGCUUUCCCGUAUGAUCUUCCGAGGUUGAUGGCAUCUAUUAAGGAAUUGAAUCAUAUGGCGGGCGAAGGCGUAGCAACCAUCACUUCAGACGCUCAUGGCACUCGGCGACUCAAGACCCCGACCUCAGUCCCUCUAACCUUGUACCGAAACGGGUUUAUGCUCAUGUCGGGCCCAUUUCGUCGCUACACGGAUCCAGCCGCUCAGCUUUUUAUGCGCGAUCUCGUGGAUGGGUACUAUCCUUACGAGCUCAAACAUCGCUACCCUGAUGGUGUGCCUUUCGAUGUACGUGACCGUCAUGAUGAGUGGUAUGAUACAGCUGCUGCGGCAACGUACGUACCGUUCUCCGGUAAGGGGUAUGCAGUCGAUCCGGAUAAGGAAACCGGAACAAGUGAAAAAGAGGAACAUAGCUCUGAGAGUGAGCUAGACGAGGAGGAGUCAACGUCUGGUGGAGAAGAGUGUUUGAACAAUGUAGCUGUGACAGUGUGGGAACCGGCGAAAUCCACGCCAAGCGAAAACAAGAGUGGUGGUGAUAAGCAACCUGCAACUGUGCAAAUACAUGAUUUGCAUACAACCGGCAGUACAUCUUACACCCAAAGCAAUAACGCCUUUCUCGCCCGUCUUCCCAAAUACAUCAUCCGCAAUGGCGCAAUUCUCAAUCUCCGCGCUGACGUUGAAUCUCUCCUUCAAACACCUCAGUCCCAUCGCCUACCCAUCACAAUCCAAGUCCCUGACCGACCUGAUUCAUCACACCUGCAGCAGCGCCCAACGACACUUCGUGUGCAUGCACCAGACGAUGAGACAGAGUUUGUAAUAGGAGCCAAAAGUGGGCAUACCGUUCAAGAAGUCAAGAGUGCAAUGCUACCGCUUGUUGCCAAAAUCCUCGGAGAUGACCGCGAUUGGGAUUUGAGGACCGCGUUACAAGGUCCUGGUGUUGUUUAUGGUGGUGACAUGACAUUGGAGGAAUGUGGGCUGGUACCCAACGUUCGAAUGUUUAUACGCUCUGCCAAAACCAAGGUUGCGCGCCCAGGAUAGCCAAAGUCAUCAUUUAUUUAUACAUAAGAUCGUUGCCCCAGAGUGAAAGAACCAAAGGCAUGUCCAAAUCAAUAUACAUUUGCAUUUCAC